UUUAUACUUUUCUUUCUGUCUUUCUCUAUUUACUCCCUUCUUUCCUCUUUUCUGUACAGCUCGCUGCUCGCAUAGAUCGGCGUUUCUUUCCCUUUUUUUUUCCUUCUCUCAAUAUACCAUCCUCCUAUGCUGGGACACCCUCACAGUUACCCGUCGAAAAAUACACCGACCCGUCACCAUACCCCCGAUUCGCCAUGUUCUCAGUCCAGUGCUACCCUCCAUUUGGAAUCAGCUUCAUUGCCUACAGAUCCUUGUGGGUCGCCCAUGACAGGACUGCACGAUCGACUGUCCAGCUGGUCGCUGACGGACUCUCUUGACCGAGCUUCCAUUUUCAGCACUCCACGCGCACAACGGUUUACAGCCCGCAUAAUGGACAUUGCUAAACGAUCCCCCUUACUGCGGUAUCCUACCGUCGCAACACCCAUGGUGUGGAACGAUGACCUGAACGAUGUGUUUUCACAACGAUCGCCAUCCCCUUGUGGUGACGAGUCAGAACUGGAUGUGCCUGCCAUGGACAUGGACGAUGCCAGUUACCAAUCGACACCUUCAAGUGAAACCCAUCCACGCUACUGCUUACGGAGUAGGAAACGGAGGUCACCGAUGCCAUCGAGACAAAGUAGUGUGAGUUCCGAAGGCAGUAUACGCCACCCCAAGAAGCGAAAACUACCUCGUCAUCCCGCCAAGUCCUCUAAUGCAUGGAAUCCGGAUGUUUCGCUUAUUGAUGAAGAUACCAGCGAUACGUUUGGUCAUGUGAAACGAUCGUCUUCGUUGUUGGAAAUGCAAGAUACAACACCCAUCGUGGUUGGCAUAGGAGGAGGUGUCAAAGAGCGCGGACACCGAAGGUCAGAUUCAAUGGCCGAUAAAUUAUGUAAACUCGUCCAACAUACCCAAGUCGAUCUAAGUCAUCACAAUUUUUUUCCACAACGAUCUUUACCCACUCAUACCCAACCUACCUAUAUAAUCAUUGACUCGGACCAUGACGCUGAAGAUACGACUGACGAUCGAAACGAAGUAUCCCCCUCUUUAUUGCAACCGAGCUCUGAAACUCCCUCAGAGACGUUAAUACCAGAUUCCACAGUCGAACAACAGUCAGAAAUGGAUACGUCCGAAAGUCAUAUCGUAGCAUCCGAUCCAUCAAACGAUGCGUUGGUGGGACCAUCAGCACUAGAGACGGUAGGCAGUCAUAAAGAUACAACGAACAACGUGGUGCUUGGUUCUCCAGAGAAAAGUGAAGCGAUAUCUGACGAUAGACAUGCAUCAAGCUUAUCGGCAGACGAGCACAUGGAUAGGUUGGCGAUAGCAAGUGUAGCAUCCACCGGAGACGAUCAUCCCGUUUCCAAUGUGACAAGUGACCAAAAUACAGCAUCGUCCCCUGUGGAAAAAGACGUCGUAAAACCUGUAAAGAGCGGAACAUCUGCAUCUGGAUCUUACUUUGGAAGCAUAAUAAGCCUGUUCCUAGGGCGUUGACACAAGGGAAACGGUUGGCAUGGCAUACCAGUUGACGAAAAGUCACGUCAACUUUAUUGGUGGGUUAUCCACCGACUCCAGAGACCCCCACACAACAAUGCCUGGGUUUUUCUUUUUUCGUUUUGUCACAAGGCUGACCAAAAAGAUUCGCAUAACAAAAGGUCACUUUCCCAUCGUCGUCUGAAAUCUAUCAAUCCACUUUACGUUGCCAGUUAUUUUCCUAGAGAGAAAAGAAAAAGGAGACACCCAGCAUACCCUCUUACUAUUUGUACAUUCUGCAUUUAUUUAAAUCCAUUUCCGCCCCU